UGCUAACUCGAGGAGGCGGGACUGGCGAGUACAGGAGCCGGCAGGGCCCAUACGUACUACUACUACUGUUGAGGCAGUUGUUUUCAUCGAUAUCCUAAGACGCUCGGCUCCACCCCUGUCAGGAGCGCCGAGUGCUCGAUGGAGCAACAGCUGACGACAAUACAGCCUGUUCACAGAACCGGCCAUUUCCGUGCCGGCCCUGAAAAGGAAGCAGGCCACACACCUCACCAGCUUUGCUCUGCACCCUCCUCAAAUGUGUUGGUUGGCUGGACAGUGUCCCUAAACAGUGAUAAUUAAUGCCUCUUGCUUUCUGGAUGGAGAACGUGAGGGUGUAGAAAUGUAUUGCAUGGCUUGAAUGUAGCCUACUUACAAAGAAGUGGGGUUCUCCUUCCCUCCUUGUAUUGGGCAAGUAACAGCAACACGUGUGUGAAAACAUGCCUCCAAAAUUCAAGCGCCACCUCAAUGAUGAUGAUGUUACUGGGUCAGUGAAAAGUGAGAGGAGAAAUCUCCUAGAAGAAGAUUCAGAUGAAGAGGAGGACUUCUUCUUGAGAGGCCCGUCGGGUCCAAGGUUUGGACCCAAGAAUGAUAAGAUCAGGCAUGUCCAAAACCAAGUUGAUGAAGUUAUUGAUGUCAUGCAAGAGAACAUCACCAAGGUGAUAGAAAGGGGAGAGCGACUGGAUGACUUGCAGGAUAAGUCAGAGAGCUUAUCGGACAACGCAACAGCUUUUAGCAACCGGUCCAAACAGCUCCGAAGGCAAAUGUGGUGGCGAGGCUGCAAGAUGAAGGUAAUUGUGGCUUUGGUUGCUGCUGUUGUCCUACUAGUAAUUAUUGUUCCCCUCAUCCUCAAAUACCACACUUGACUUGCUGAUGGAGAUCAUGGUGGAUGUGGCUUCAGGAUGACAGCAAAAGGAAGCAGCUGUGUGACUUCAGUGGAACAUAAUGUGUAUAUAGCUUUGAAAUGCCUCCCCCCUCCCUGGAGGCACGUGACAUGUUCUAACAAGAGCAUUCAGAGGAUCCUGCAAAUCAUACUUUUCCAGCCAAGAACUCAUUCUAUUGUCCAUAUUGAAUCCAAACCCUCAUUGUUGCUCACUUGAAGGAAGCCCAGUUUGGAGUUGGAUACUUGCCAGUAUUUGUCUCCUUUUUUUAAGUUUAUAUAUGUAUAUAUAUAUUGCUGGCGGGUAAUGAUGUUAUUUAUAAUUUAAACAAUUUCCUAUUACUGACAGAGGAUAGUUGAGGAAGAAUAGGGGAGGAAUGCAGUGUAUAAAGUCUAUAUCAUUGUUUGAAGACCCCCUAGGUAUUCAGUUGAAUAACUGAGGAUGUCACUUUUUCAUGUUAAAAAAAAAUAGUUUUGCAAGGAAAUUUUCUGUACUUGUUAAGGGAUCUAGGAGCUCCAUGUUCUCAUUAUUGCUUAUGAAUGUGGUAUAAAAGCAUUCCAGUAAAAACCUAUUUUUGACUGUAAGUAUGAAGCUCUUAAUAAAUUAUUGAGGUAAACACUUUUUUGAAUGAAGAAAGUCCAAGAUUUGCCAGCUUUGGAUAUGUGGAAGAAAAGAGAGCUUUUUGCCUGUGCAGCUGCAACCAAAAACUAUGCAGGGGUUUUGCUGCCAAAUAAUUAAGAGCAAUGAAGUUCAUAUGCUGGCUUUUAAAAAGUGUUCAGACUGUUCCCGUUUCAAUCAUUAUUAAAAGCAAUAGUGGUUUGUCUACUAGCUAUACUUUUGCCAUAGCACCAAGAACUCUGUUGGCUGCUAUACAGACAUUAAAUAGCAGUGCUUGCAUAUUAUGUACACGUCUUGAGAUUCACAGUCAGCCUUAUUUUCCUUGGCUGUGAAACCUCUAUCUGGUCUAAUGUUUUACCAAAACCUGAGCAUCAUAUAAAUAAAGACAGGUUACAAACAAAUCAAUACCACCAUAAGACAGAAGUGGCAGUUCAGGCUGUAUAAAAGUCUCCUGUUCUGGAUCGUUAUGAUGAUGGGACCUCUGCUUGCAGGGCAGGCCCUACCAUUAGUUACAAUGAGGCAGCUGCAGGUGCCGGGGUGGGGGAGCACCAGCUUCGUGUGUCACUUAGUCUGCCCUGCAACCCUCAGGUGCCAUAGAUGAUGCUGUUCCAUUGUCAAUGUCAGUCCAGUUGCCUUCUAUACACAGAGCAAGGAGGAAGGGGAGCCAUCUUGUCUUUUGACCUGGGCAGUAAAAUUUCUUGGGCAGGCCAUGUGUCUUCUGCCAAAUAAAGGAAGUGAAAAGUAGAUUUUUUAGGUUUUAGUAAUUGUACCAAGCAGGGCAUCUGUCUUAAAAACAAGGGUGAAGGAUGGAGAUUCAGCCUUUUCAGUCUGCAGCUGUCUUGCAGUCUUGCAGUUCUAACAUUUCAGACUACUAGCCUGAAGUGCAAGGGACUAAGUACCAAUAAUAAAUAGAAAUAUAAGCGUGAAGAAAAUCAUGCAAAAGCAGGAUACGUCUUUUCUUUGAACUGUCUGCCUGAGACUGGCAGUUUAAAAGGCAACGUUUCUUUGUAAGAUUAUUUGCAUUUUGGAUUAAAAAGCUAAAGAUUGUGUUUA